UGACCUUAACUUGAUCAUCAACACGCCAGGCCAAAGGAGUGACUAACUGCGUUGGCGGAACGGCGGACCGCGAACUUGAUUGGGUAAUCGACGUCGACAGGAAAUGCUCUGGUAACCACCGCCAUCAUCACCAUCUCGAUUGUCUGCUCAUUCGACUGAUCAGAGAGGGAACGACAGCCAGCAAUGGCCUCAGUACCGAUCCCUGGCCAAGAGUCGCGGAGAAAUAUGGACGUGGAAGAGGUUCGGAGGACGCUGACGAGUAGGGCCGCAGGGAAGGAAGCGGUCUCCUCAAGCACACAGUCUGCAAGCGACGAUGUAGGCUCUCCAAUGUCAGGUCUCCCUAUACCGGCUCAUUCGCUAGCCCUCGAGGCAGCGUCUGCCCGUUCGCAACGACGUCGAGGACGUGCAAUCGCGCGAAGGCUACUUGCCGUCGUCCAAUGUCCAAUGUGCCGCAAGACGAUGCACGACCCAGUGACGCUUCCUUGUGGCCACAGCUCGUGCCUUGCGUGCAUCGCAGCCGCCACAAAGGCAUCGCCUCUUUCCAGUCUUCCUCAGCUGCCCUCGAGCUCCUACCGACCGCCUCGUUUGCCACUGGCAUCAUGCACCGUCCCGUGCGGUGUUGCGGGCUGUCCUCGGAGCGCCAUUGGACGUGGACUUGGCGUUUGGGCCGGGCACAUGGCUUCAUUCGGGCCAAGCGCUCUCUCGCCUUGUCCCUACGUUGAGGACGGUGGCGCCGCGCCGGAUGUCGGACCGGGGUCGACGCCCUUCGACGGCUUUGUCGUUGGGCGACCAGAUGACAGCUUGCGGCUCACCGUCAUUCCGCCGCAAAAGGCCGACUCGGUCAAUGAGUAUGCCGUUGCAACAAUCGACGGCUCGACUGUUCCUACCUCCGCCCCCGCGCUGCGUCUCGACGUUACGCUCUCCAAAGUAGUCGAGGUCCUCUGCCGCGUCGCGACACAGCCUCUUGAACCUGAUCGUCUUCGGACAGUGCCACCCUCUUCUGGCUUUCCGAGCGACGAAGAGGGGGAUGACACUCCUGUGGUGCCCUCUCAGUUGGGCCCCAAUCGAACAUCUCAGCGAUCUGUGGCCCGUCGCAGCCUGGCGAGAUCCCAGCAAAGAGCAAGGCGGCGAGGCAACACAGCCAGUCGUUUCGAGUCCUCUUCGCCGUCGCCAUCGCCUUCGUCGUCACGCCAACGAUCAGAAGCACGGACCAGUAUCAACCCCCACUACCUCGCGGUUAUGGGUGUCAGCGAGGCUGAGCUCGAGUCGGGCGCCGUUGGCAACAUUCGUGCCUCAUGGGACACUGAUGACGAGGAGGAGGAGUCGCUUCGAAGACUGCGCGGCAGAUCGUACGUUAGGCCCCAAGAUACUGAUGACGCAAGAGGUUGGGUGGCAGAGGAAGAUGACGACGAGGACAUUGGCGGCGCCUUUGCGCGACAAUACACACCAGCUAUUGAGGAAGAGGAUCACGGUCCACGGGCAAGGCGCCGGUCAACAUCACCCGUCACCGCCUCUAAUAGCAACCUCGAAGCAAAGACUGAGACAGACGCGACUAUAUCUAAAGGAAAAGCGCUCACGCCAGACGAGCUUCACUCGGACCUCAUUGACGUGUUUGAGUGUCAACUCUGCUAUCUCCUCCUUUGCGAGCCCCUGACGACGCCGUGCGGCCACACCUUCUGUCGCUCGUGCUUCGCUCGCAGUCUCGACCACAGCGACAAGUGUCCUCUAUGCCGCAGCGUGCUGCCCAACUUCGCCUUUUUUCAAGAACAUCCUGCCAAUUCCGCUCUCGUCAAUCUCCUCACUGCUGAGCUCUCUGAAGAAGAGCGCUUCGAUGAUGGUGGUGAUCGAGUUCGAGUUGCCGAUGUCGCGGCCUGCGACGACGGCGACAGCUGGGGAUUCAACUCGCUUUAUAUCAGUCGCAAAGAAGCUGUGGAAAGGGAACAGCGCGAAGCCCUUUUGUCGACUCCUCUCUUCGUUUGCACCUUAGGUUUUCCUUCGAUGCCCACCAUUCUUCACAUCUUUGAGCCGCGCUAUCGCCUCAUGAUCCGACGAUGUCUUGAGAGUAACAAUCCAAGGUUCGGAAUGGUUCUACCUUCGCAAAGUAUGGCUGAGCCGUGUCCAGGAAUGUACCAAUUCGGUACGAUGCUGGAGAUCAAGUCAGUACAGAUGCUGCCCGAUGGUCGAUCGAUGAUCGAGACGGUGGGCUCGCAUCGUUUCAAGGUCUUGGAAAGGGGCAGCUUGGACGGCUACACGAUUGGACGCAUCGAGCCCAUUGCCGAUAUCAGCGAAGAAGAGGAGAACGAAUUGGAGCAAAUGCUUUUUGUCGAACGCUGCAAUCUUUCCUCUUUGCCCGACCACCUUAGAGACAUUGCUACACACUUCCAGUCCAUCAUCGACCAAACGCCCACCACCCCUAACGAUGCUUCGCCUGAAAACUUGGCAAUACAGCCUAGUACGACUGUGCAGCUUAUCGAGGCUUGCACCGUCUUUAUCGAUACGUUACGAUCCGGCUCGGCGCCCUGGCUCCUAACGCGACUAAACCAUACCUACGGGCCCAUGCCUAAUCCCAGUGACGUUGUCGCUCUGGGAUACUGGAUGGCCCUCGUCAUGCCCAUCGAUGAGCACGAAAAAGCCAAGCUGCUGCCCAUCCGCAGUGCUAAGGUCCGACUCCGCAUUGUUGUCCACUGGAUCGAACAGCUACGACAGAGUUGGUGGUUCAAUAACGGUUGCACCGUGCAAUAAGCUUGGUCUACUACUAGUUUGGUCUGCUCUCCUAUCACCUGAAUGAUUUGACAGGAUCGCUCAUUCACUCUUUGUAUCGCUAUUUGCCAUGCCGGACUUCUUUCCUCAUGUAACAUCCUCUUUUUGCAUCAGAACAUCAAUCUAUACACACCCAGUCAUGUCAUAUCAGAGAAUGCUGG